AUGUCGCAGACACAGAAACAGGUGAGGCAAGCGCAGUUCAAGUUGGUGCUUUUGGGAGAGUCGGCAGUAGGCAAGUCGUCGAUAGUGCAAAGGUUUGUGAAGAACUCGUUCGACGAGUUCAGAGAAUCGACUAUCGGGGCUGCCUUUCUAACACAAUCGAUAAAGUUGACGGGUGAUGAUUUGGGGGAAUCAUUGGCACCAGCAGAGGAGGGUUUUGACGACGGCUUGAUAGUGAAGUUUGAGAUCUGGGACACCGCGGGCCAGGAGAGGUAUAGAUCCUUGGCCUCGAUGUACUACAGAAAUGCGCAAGCCGCCGUGGUGGUAUACGAUAUCACGCAAAGCGAAUCUCUGGAAAAGGCCAAGUACUGGAUCAAAGAGUUGCAGAAGCAGGCCAGCAGCAGCAUUCUGAUAACAUUGGUUGGUAACAAGCUGGAUUUGAAGGAGGAGAGACAGGUGUCCGAAGAGUCGGCACGGUCGUUUGCUAAUGAAUUAGGGUUACUGUAUUUCGAGGUCAGUGCCAAAUCGGGGGAGAACGUUCAGGAGUUGUUCAAGCAGAUUGCGUUGAAAAUGCCCUUCAAGGCGCAGGUGUCGAAGGGCCAUGGGGCAGGUAAAAACAAACAAAGCGUCGCUGUUGAUCUAUCGCAAAGAUCAACCACCAACGAUCAGGACUGCGCAUGCUAA